AAUAACUCACUUUUGGCAUGUGCUGAUUGACGGACAGAUGUUUCCACAGGGGUUCCUAUACACACAUAUAGGUAUAGGUAGCCAUCUAUCUACCUGGUUCUGCCUGUGUUCAGAUUUCUCCAGAUUCUGCCGGCUUGUUUACUAACAUCGUACACAAAACGUGGUGGCAAAAUGGUAAUACGAAGCCCUUCUAACGCGGUAUUGCCAGUCCGAAAUAAAUCGUAAUUGGCUAAAAUAGAAAUCUUAGUGGGAAACUAGAGCUUAUGAUACUCUAGUUUAUAUCCUAGAUUUGGUAGGGCAAUUAGUUAAGAUCUCAAAAGUGUUUGAAAGGCAUCAAAAUAAAAACCGAGCAAACACUAUAUUUUUCUGUCCACUUUUUUUACACAAACAAAACAAAGGGUCGACGAAGAUUGUGAUCUAAAUUUAUGCAAGAUGCCUUACCUGUACGGAAUAGCGGACACCAAGUUCCUGGUACAGAAGGUGAAAACGAGGGCCAAGCCCAAAACGGAAAUGGCAUCCACCAAAUUCCGACGGAAUGAUUAUCUCCAGGGCUGUCCCAAAUACGAUAAGAAUGAUGUACCCAUUCAGUUCAGGACAUCCCCCGACUCACUUGUAGAGCUGUGCUCCAUUGUGGUGGACAAGCUGCCGCUGCCCUCGAUCUUCGAGUGGGAUGACAUGGACAUUAGGCGCUGGAUAAAUGGCUACGGCUAUCAUCAGUAUAUGAAUACCUUCCGAGUGAACAUGAUCUCUGGAAGAAAGCUGCUCCUGCUGGACGCCGCAGCUCUGUGUGCAAUGAAUAUCAAAGACUUCGAGCACAUUAAGCACAUCGCCUACGGCAUUCGGAUGCUAUUCCACUUCGAGCUGACCAAGUUCUCCUCCAGCCUGGCGCUGCCGGACGAGAAGCCCAACGAGCUGUACCUGCUGUUCCACACGCAGACCGGAAUGAACUAUGAUGAGGUGCGCAGGUCGGAUCUUUACCGACGCAUGCAGAUCCUCCGGGAGCGAGCCCGCAACCUGGACCACUGGGAUCUGCUCUAUCUGUGGCUGAGGCGCGAGCAGGAGCGCAAGUACAAGGAGCUGAUCGGUAUGGCUCCUCGAAGUAACUUGUACAAGUGCGUGGCGGCGGUGGAUGGGCCGACGGAAGUGGAGCCCGAGGAGCUCAUGUGCAUGACUUGCAUCCCGCCCUGCGAAUGCGACUGGACGGAUCGGGACAUCCGGCUGCCGAGGCGCCUUACAUGCCUACCACCCGUGCUGACCACCACCAUGAGCAAGUGGAACGCCAACCAGGCCCACUGUACAGCCUGCAUCCCGCCCUGCGAGUGCCGCUGGCCACCGCGCUACUACCUGACCGGCACCGUGAUCCGGUGCCUCCAGCACCGCUUCCCCGAGAAGUUCAGCCCCAUCUUCGACGAGCGAUACCGCGCCUCGCCGCGUCCCAGUCUCGUGGAGCGCUGGACCCGCUUCUCUAUUUGACUUGGAACAUCCUCUAUCUUUUUUAUAAUAUAGGCAAUUCUAGGGUGCUUUAUGGCAGCAAAAAUGUCAAAAAAUUAAAAUGAUUUGAGUUUUUAAUGCCUCAAAGAACAAGGAUA